CAACGUAAAAUACAGCUCUGUGGGUGACAAGAGGAAAAAAACACAUUGUAAACUUAAUAAUUCUGGGAAAAUAUGGAACAAGUUAUCCGGAAAUCCAUUAAGAGGGAGAGCCCCAGCGAAGAGGAGUUCUUGGAGGAGGACCCAGCGGAACUAGAGGUGGAAAAGCCAGAGCACAGCGGCAGUUCCAAUGGGGAGAGCGACGAGGAAGGUCAGCAGGAUCAAAAGAAAGUGGACUCCAUCAUCGCCGAGAUGGACGAGGAGAAGGACAAGGAGCAGGAGGCGGCAGGAGGGCAGGAUAAGGAGAGCGAGGAGGACUUUCGCAGGAUGUAUGAACUGAGUCUUCUCUCGCCGGCUGCCAUGGCAGCCCAUAUCCAGCGCCUGGAGAAGGAGCUCUACGAGCUGAGCCAACGCGAGGCCAGGGAACUCAACCGCAGCAAGCACCUGCGCAUCUUCGGCAACUCCCGGCGUCGCUCCAACAAGUAAACAAGUGGCAAAUCUGCUUACACUGCGUUGACUUUGAUGGUAUCAAAUAAA